AUGGAAAACUUUAAGCCAUAAAAUUAAGUCUCUCUUCUGUUCUUCGAUAAUAUUGAUCACUAGCAAUCUAGAAGCUUGAACAAAGGUGAUUAAUCUCAAGGGAAUAGAAAAGUAUGUGAUGAAAUAGAAUUUACAUAGCCAGUCAGAGUUAAUUUGAUUCGUAUUGUUAAACCAAAUAGUGAAGUGCACUAGUUGUUAAAACCUUUAAAAACUGUCACUGACAAGGAAGGUCAAUUUAAGAAUUUAGAAAUAUUUUUUAAGGAUCUCUCUAUUCCAAAUGAUAAAUAUUGUAUGUUGAUUAAUGCCAAGACUAUCACAGAAAGCAAAAAUCUAAAUCAUGAUGUUUUGAUUCCCGUUCCUUAAGGGAUAUACACAAAUUAGUUAGUAUUUAGGGGAGAAUAUACAAAAUUAACUGUUUGCGUCUACGGGGAUGUUCUUCAAGAACAAGAAAUAGCUGAUUUGUGUCCCCUUUAUAAUAAAACUUUUGACCUUGAUCUUUUACCGUAAAAGAAAACUUUUGAUGAAGAGCAAGAAAGGAAAAACAAAAUAAUUGGAGAUAAUGAAAAUAUUAAAAUACAAAGAUUAGAAAAUGCUUAAAAGAUCAUUUAAAAUAUUUUCUAAAAGAAUAAUUAUCACAUCUCAUAUGAGUAGAUAUAGCCAAAUAUUUUGAUAGAAAAGCAAGAUCCAAAAGACAAAGAAAUUUUAACUUAGCAUAUUUACGAAUUAGUAGGUGAGAUAAAUCGUUUAACUGCUUAAAACGAAGAAGAGUUAAAAUAAUCUCUUCAUAUAUACAGAUAGAAAUUAUAGUAGUUAGCAGGUCACUUACAAACACUCCUCAAACUAAACGAAGAAUAAUUACAUGAUCCAGCACAUUUUGAAGGGUAGGUUUCUAUACAUAGGGAUAUCCCACCAUCUGUUGUUUAGAUUUGUUUAUAGACUCUAAACGACUCUCCUAGUGAUUAUAUUAGAGGUCUCGAUUUAGCUUUACAACUAAUAAGCUCUUAUGAUCAUGCCAUAGAAUUUAUUGAAAACGAAGGAUUGACAAAAAUCUAUAAAAUAUUGAGAUAUAAUGAAGAAGAUAAUCAUCACUUUGUUUUUUCUUCUAUGAAAAUGAAAGCAUUAGAAGUUAUAAAUGCUGCUAUUACUUAUAAAUAAGGUGCAUAUAGCUUUUUAAAUUAUUGUAUUAGAGAAUUCUAAAAAUAAAGAGAGGGUUCUCAACAAAUCGAAGAUGAUUAAGAUAUUCCUACAAGCAGUAGAUUAGACUUAGAUAGGGAAACAAGUACUCGUGAAAGAGAAGACAGAAGUGAGAAAUCUGAUAGAUAAAAAGAUAAAAAGGAUGACAAAAAAGAAAAGAGAGAAGGAAGUGAAAGCAAAAGUAGAUCUAGAUCUAGAAAGAAAGAUAAGAAAAAGAAGGAAAAGAAAUCUCAUAAAAGUGAGAAAAAAGAUAAGGAUGCCAAGAAAAGAUCUAAAUCAAGUAGAUCAAAAGAGAAGGAAAAAGACAAAAGAAAGAGCAAGAAAAGUAAAAGAAGUGAUAGACGUCAUUCUAAAUCUUCCUCCAAAUCAAAAUCAGAAUCUCGUAGCAAUAGUUACAAAAGAUAUUAGGAUGAUUCUACAACAAAUGCCAGUGUGAAUAGCAAGAGAUACAACGAUAAAAGGGACAAAAGUGGAAAUUAAAGUUCUAGCAAAAACUAAAGCAGCAGCAACUAUAAGGAGAAUUUUAAAGAUUAAAAUAAUUAUUCAAGCACAAAUCUUUCCUAAAACAAUAAUGAUAAUAAUAAUUAAGAUGAAAAAGAAAAUGAUGUUUAGCUUUGUUUGGAAAAGGGAUAUUAGAUUAUACUAUAUGAAAUUACUAAGCACACAUAAAAUGACUAGAUUUUACGUGCUUGUAAGCAGAUUCUUCAUAAAUCCUUAAUGUGCUUCUAUUUAGACAAAAUAGAAAAAACUGUUUAGGAUGACUUGAUUAAUUGUUCAUAUGCUGGAAGUGGAUUAGCUAUCAACGAAAGCAUGAAUAUGGAACUUAACCAAGAUAAUGAUGAGCAAGAAGACUAAGAAACAAUAGAAAGAAAGAAAAAGCAAGUGAAGUACAAUACAUUUAUUCUCAAUUUAAAUAAAGUUGGACUUGAUAUACAAUUUUAUUUGACUAAGCUACUUGCUAUUAUUAAAGAAUAAACCCUAGUUAAUGGAUAACUUUCUUCUGGUUCAACCUUUGAAGACAUAAUGAAUAAAAAUUUCAUGUCCGAAAAGAAAAGAUAGAUACAAAAAUUCUCUAGCUUGAAAGAAGUUAUUAAAUCAGAUUUACACACAUUAAAUAAUGAAAAUAUUCGUUUCAUCAGCCAAAUGAAACUUUUCCCUUCUUUACUAAUUAUUUUGACAUCACCUCAUCUAAAGGAGAGCAAAGAAUUUGGAAAGAUAUUUAUUAAUUGCUAUAACAUAAUUGCCCAUCUUCUUUCAUGCAGAGGUAGCAUUCUAAUUUUUAGCAAAAAUAAAGAAGUCCUAAAGACACUCAUCUAAGUAUUAGACUAGCUAUAAAACCCUUUGAAGGACUUCCAAUAAAAAUUUUAAAUUGAUAAUUAUUACUUAAAUGAAUUUAACUUCUCGAGCCAUUUUAGUGAUAGAAUGAGCUUUGAUUAAUGCAUCAUGAAUAAUGAUAGCUUUUUAACACAAAAUAGAGAUAAAUUAUCUGAUUAAUAAUACGAAAGUAUAUUAAUAGCUUUGCUAUCUAAAUAACUUAGUUACAUUAUGAAAUACUUUGUUUAGCUUGUAAACACGAUUAAUUAAAUUUAUGUAAAAAUGUUGGCCACAGAAAACGAUUUAGAAAUGGUCUAGCUGCUCUCUGACAUAUCUACAAUUUCUUCUAAAUCAAAUGUUUCAUAAAUUGCCUUAAAUAAAUUUUUGCUUAACAAUUUCGUUAUGGAUGCAGUUUUCAAUCUCUUUAAUGUCUCUGAAGCUGAGCAUCUCAUUUAGCGCCAAGUUGAAGUCAGUAUUAUAUGCGUUAUUUUAUAUAAUGCUUUGGUCUUUGACAAUGGUGUCCUAACUAUUUUGUAUGCAAAUCAAAUAUUCUUAAACUUAAUUAAAAUAAAUAAAUUCCUGGGAGACAACCAAUCAGAAUUUGAGUCUAACAGAGAGUUGAGAAUUUAUGCCAACUUGCUCAUUAAUUAUAUGUUCCCACUUGAAAUAUUUAUGGAUGAAGCCAAGAGGGGAUUUUAGGGGCUAGCAAACGAAUUAAAGAAAAAGAGCUUCUACACAGAAGAUGAUGAAAAAAACAUAAACAUCAAAUCAUAAAUAGAAAAACAUUAUAAUAUAGAAAAAUAGGUAAGCAUUAAAGAGUUCAGAGAAAACUUCUUAAAAUAUGGUAACUUGGAUGAGCCAGAUCAGAAUCUGAUAUUUAUUGAUGUUUCAUUGAAGAUUUUCAAUCUGCUUAUUACUUACAAUAAAAAUGUAUUUAUUAACUACUACGAUAGCGGUCUAAUGUCUAACUUUGAUCAUCUUGCUAAGAAUUUAACAUCACUAACUUCUUUCUUUACUAUAAAGAGUAUUGGCCCUGAAAAUCUCUUUAGAAAGUACCAUUACAAGCCUAGAAUUAUAAACUAAUACAGCUCAGUACUUAAAAAGCUUAUUCACAUCUUCGUGCAAAGAUUUUAAUAUAAAGGAGGUUUCUAACCUAAAGAAAAAUCUACAUCCCUUCAAUCUAAGCCUUCUAAUUUGCUUUUACCAGGCUAGCAUGGCGGUUUACAUUCUGCUCCCAUUCCUCCUCCUCUACCUAAUUCUUAAAACUAAUCUGGUUUUAAUUAAAAUUUAAAUUAGAACCAAGCUCAAAAUUCAGAAAAAGAUUAUUUAUUUAAAUAUGAUUAAUUCUAUAUUGAAUAAAUAGAAAUGAUGAUGCAAUUAUACACUACCGGAUAUUAACUUAUUUAAAACAGCUUUGAGCUUAAUUGUGUUUAUUUAGAUAAGAGUAACUGGCAGAUUAUAUUCAGCAACAUUCUUAAUUUUUAUAAGCUUAUAUUUGAUUGCACUUAACUUGAAAAUUCUAACGCAAAUACUUCUUAGAAUAGUCAAUCAAGUUAGGGAAACAACCAAAAUUUAGGAUAGGGUGGAAAUAAUAGCAAUAACUCAUCCAGUAACAGCAGCUCAAAUAAUAAUUUAAGUAAAUUUAUUUAGAGAAUUGAAAAAGCUUUCUACUCUUUCUAGCAACAAAUGGUAAACAAAAUUGAAGAUAGACCUGCUCUCCUCAAUCUUUUAACUUCUAUAAUUGCUCUUUCUAAAUUCAAUGGUAGCUAAGACUAUAUACUUACAGCAAUUAUUGAUAAUUUCUAAUUCGAAAAGCUUUUAGAACUUCAAUUAGAAAAUAGAGAAACUCUCUUAGAUACUAUUUUAAAUAAUUAUAUCAACUUACACUCCAAGCUCAUAAAAAAAGAAACAGAAUUCUUCUUUAGAGUUGUUUUGAAUUUCUACCAUUACCCUACCACAUUCAGAAUAUGCGAAAAAUUCACUGAGAUGAUCAUGAAGCAUUAUUCAGGCUUAAAAGAAAUUGUAUAAAAAGGAGAUAAAAAGGAAAUAAGUGGAUUUGAAUACAGAAAAGAAAAUGAUUAAAUAAUAGAAAAUAUGAGAAAUUUGCAGAAAAUAUGCUAAUACCUCUUCCUCUGCUGCAGCAACAGUGGAUUCUCAAAUAUUUUCCUUUACAAUCAUGUAGAUAAUGAAUUAAUUAAAAUACUUCAUACUACAACCUAAUUAGAGGAAUAAUCCAGAGCAAAAACUAAUAAAGAUGUUUAAUAUGCUUUAUAUGCCUUGAAAAACGACUGUUUGAAAGUUUUCACAGUCUUAAUGGAUCACGAAAUUGGUUUAUCCUCAUUAAAUCCUAAGCACAAUUAUUCUAAAAACUAUUAAUAUUUAGUGGAGGAUAUUCCUUAAAUAUCUCACUAAUAAGAGUUCUUUGAGUUAGUAGGAAGGCAAAACCUUGAAAUUCCUCAAUAGUUGCUAGACAAAAUUCUUAAAAAUUCAUUUAUGAAGGGAGAUGAAUAAUAAAUGGAUGAAGAAUAGAAUGAAGAACCUGAUUUCAACUAAGAUGAGGAAGAAGAUGAAAAUCAUAUUCAAAAAUCUCUACUUACAAGCGAUCCUAAUAUGCAAACAAACCUUAUUUAAUACGUUUAAAAUAUUAUUGAUAUUUUGCAGGUAUCAAGCAAAAAUCUUGUAGGCUAAUUAAUUAUCCUUUAUAAGGAUUACAUAGGAUAUGCAUACAAAUCAAAUCCUUCUCUCAAACUUACUAAUCUCACUUUGCAAUUCAUGCGCAACAUUCUUCCUGCUAAAGGAUUUGCUAUCUCAAAUUUUGUUUUGCAAUUAAUUAAGAUAUUUGAAUCUUAUCUUUUCUUUAUUUCAGAAUUGACUAUCCAUCCUCUCACUUAACAAUUUUUCUAUUCUGAAAAAAGAAAGAAUGCUAUCAAGACCCUUAUUAUUGAUGAAACCAUUUUGAGUGAAUUUAAUUUCGAAGUUGAUCAAAACUGCUAAAAGUAAAAUGAAAAUGGAAGAAUUCUUGAGUAAAUCUUUACAUUAUUUGAGAUUUAGAUUUCCGGCUUUAUGCAAGAGUUAUUUGAAUAAUCUUAAUUUGAGCAUAAUUAAAAUGAUGAGGCGAUUGAUUUACUCAAUCAACUCAUGGAAUAGUGUGAGAGAUGUAAAGUUAUUUUAGGCUAUUUGAAAAACUAUAGCUCCACUGUUGAAGAAAAGUCAAAAAGUUCACAUGAAAAGAAUCCUGAUUUACCUACUGAAAUUCGCUAACCAGAAGAAUGCUUCUAAGAAAUUAAUAGAGAAGAAGAUAUGAAAGUCAAUAAAUCUAUUGAAAUCAUGACUCAGUUCCUUCAUAAAUUUACUUAAAGCUUCAUAGUGGACAGUAACGAAUUAGAGAAAGGACAAAGCUUGAAUUCGUGGCAAUAAAUUCGCUUCUCUAACAUUUUUAAGGAGUUUUACGGAUUCUAAGAGUCUAAAGCAAAUCAUUAUUUAUAUAAUUAGUAAGAGCUUAUCUUGGACUUUUGUAAUUUCUGGGAUGCUGAUAUGAUUUCUCACACUAAUGACACAUUUAAUUUGCAGGCUGUUGAUUUGAUCAAAAGAGAAAAUACGUAGAAUAACUUAAUGGAUUCCUUUUACUAAAUCUACAAAAGAAAAUAACAAUUAGUUGAAUACAUAACUAGCCAUGCUGUCACUUUCAUCAAUUAGUUCGAUUCAAAUCCUAUUUCAAUUUAUUACUCUCCUUAUGGAAAGUGGGAAACAGAUGUUACCCCUCUCAAUGAAAUUCUCCAUCUUCAAAAAAAGAGACUCUUUAAAGAGAGCAAAAAUAGAAACCCAAUAACAAAGCAUAUAUUAGAAGCUGUUAAGGUUAUAGUUAAACUUAAAAAUAACUCUUUACCAACUAAUAUGAAUAACUAAAACAACACCGCCUCUCUUAGCAAUGGUGUGAACAGUAUGACAAACGCUCAAAUGAACAUAGGAUAAGGAGUAAUUAAUAUGGGAAUAAUAAAUUCAAGCAUCAACAAUCCUAACAUAAAUCUUAAUUAAAAUAAAUCUAAUUAACCUCUUCCUAUUCAAAACAAUAUCUAAAAUCCUAAUCAGCCAAACAAUCAAGUUGCAAAUUAAAACAAUCCAUAAAAUAUUCCUAACAAUAACAAUAAUCAAAAUAAUAGAAAAGGAUUAGCUAAUAAUGCAAAUAAUAAUUCUCAACAAUAGCCAAUUUAAUAGCAAAUCUAAAACCCAAAUUAAAUCCUUUCUAACUAAAUGCCACCAAUAUAGCCACCUCCAAUUCAAGGAUAAUAGCCUAUGUAGUAAGGAGUUCAAUAAAUUGCUCCUCCUUUACCAGGUUAAAUAAGUAAUCCUAAUAACAUUCCUGGACAAUUCCCUCAAUAAUAAGGAAUUUAAUAAAAUGGAAUGAUUCCACUCACUAAUAUACCUCCUCCACCUCCUCAGCCAAACAGCAAUAUCCAAUAACAAGCUCAUUUAAAUCCCUUAACUGUAAAAUCUGGUGCUAUUCCAACUCAUCCUCCCCCACCUCCUGCUAAAUCCGGUAUGGGAAAUCAAAUGAAACCACCAGGAUUCCCAAUUUAACCUCCUAGCAAACCAAAUUAGCCUUUCCAUUCAUAGGAUUAUUCAUAAACUCCUGACAAAGUCUAGGGAGAUGUCAAAAUUGGAAAUCCCAAUAUCGCAGGAGGAUAAAUGCCACUCUAGCAUCCUCAUGCUCCUCCAUAAAUGUAAGGAAUAAAUCAAAUAGGAGGAGACAUCAUGAAUUAAUAGCCUUAAAACCAUGGUGGUAUUCCUAGAAACAACUCAGCUUAAAAGUAGUAAAUGAUGAAUAUGAAUUAUAUUCCUCAACCACCUACUGGAUAAUCGUAGAUGGGAGGUAUCGGUGGUCAAAAUUAAAAUAUGCCUAGACAAUUCUCAGGCAACAUGAGUACCUUUUAGAUAGGCUAAGCACCUCCUCCUCCACCACCUACUUAAAACUAAGGUAUUCAUGGAAAUCAAAACAAUAGAAUGUUUAAUCCUCAGUUUUAAAUGAACUAGCAGUAGCCUUAAUAAGGAAGCAACUAAAACUAUAUGAAAAAUAACAUGAACAUACCUCCUAUUAAUAAUUAAAACUAAUUUGGAAUGAAUUAACAUGGUUAACAUUUCAGUAGAAACGUAUCAGGAGGUAACUAUUAUUAGCAAGGACAACCAAUUCCUCCUCCAACUCAAGGUCCUUCUGUAGGUUAGCAAAACUAACAAUCACUCCCCAAUAACUAGUCCUAAUAACCACCUUUCUAGGCUCCUCCACCCCCUCCUCCUCCUACCUAAAUGAUGUAUAAAAAUAAUAUGGGAGUUCCCACUCCUCCUAUCAGUAUGAGGUAAGGAAUGCAAGGUUAGAUUCACUAAUAGUAACCAAUUAUAAACUAGCAAUAUCCUCCAUAACAGUAAUAGCUCAAUCCUCCUUAAUAUCAAGCUGUGUCUUAAAAUCAAGCACAGGGUUCUAAUAGAGUUAAUGAAUUGCUAAGUUUGACUUCUGACGAAAAGAAAAUAUUAACAGAAAAAAUAGAAGAAAUUAAACAGCUUUAGAAGAAUAGAAAUGAUCCCAGAUCUGCUAGAAAAAUAUAAGCAAUAUUUGCUGAAUUCCCCAAAUUAGCUGAAUUGAUAAAGAAAAAUACCCCUUAAUAAUAAAAUAAUUGA